AUGGGUUUAUCACCUAAAAAAGGCACCUACAGAGUGGUUCUAAACGAACCUCACUACAAAGACCUCUUGUUUGAUCUAAUACCACCUCCACCAAUAACGUCUUCCUCUCAUAAAUCCGAGUUGGUUGUUAUGGGGUUUCCAACACGCGUCUCAUCUCUUACACCUUCAUUCUGUGCCUGUCAUCAGAAGCCGGUUCUGGGGGGGUAUAUAUGUCCAAGAUGUACAAGCAAGAUUUGUGAUUUGCCAACCGAGUGUGACGUAUGUGGGUUGAUGUUGAUUUCAAGUCCACACUUGGCAAGGUCAUAUCAUCAUUUGUUUCCUGUUGAGAAUUUCGUGGAGGUGCCAUGGAACAGCAUGGUAAGCACAGAAUGUUAUGCUUGCCAGAUUCCGUAUGAAAAGCCUCCUCCACCAAUAUCCUCUCGUUCAGUCCAAAUCCCGGCUGAUGCAUCUUCAGGACGAUACUCGUGUCCCAAAUGCUUGCAGCAUUUUUGUGUCGACUGUGAUGUUUUCAUACAUGAAGUAUUACAUAAUUGUCCCGGAUGCUUGGGCAUGACUGCCAGGAAUGGACAUGGGGAUGAGAUGGAGAUGUGA